AUGCCAAUGGUUGAUGAUGUAUGUGUUCAUGUGUACUCCCCAAGUACUAAUACUUGGAGACAUCUCAACAGUUAUCUGUCGCCUGAAUGUUUGCGGCGUUGUUUUGGGAUCGGAGCAUACUCAGAUGGAGUUUAUUACUGGUGGGCUGGUACUGGGGUCCUUGCAUUUGACAUGGGCAAUGAGGUUUUCCGAGUGAUAUCUGUUCCUUUUAUUCUUCCAUCAGGGGUUGAUAAAUGUGACGUAAAACCAUACAAUGCUGACCGUAUUGCUCUGUAUCAAUUCAAAGGUUUCCCUGAGAGUGGAAUUGACGACUGUUGUGACAUCUGGGUGAUGGAGGAGGAGGGCAGUUGGAUCAAACAUUUUAGUGUUGGACCGAUUCCUUGUAGAGCUUUCCAACAGGGGUUUUGGAAGAACGGCAAGCUUGUUUUCCUCAAGCUUAUUCUGGGUUGGGUUUUUCAGCUGACUUGCUGUGACUUCCCAUUGAUUGGCUUACAAUCAGUUCCAAUUUCUGUUAGUAUUGACGUGUUUGCAUAUACAAGGCUGAUUAUGUUUCUAGGCAUUACUGCAUUGUUUCCUAAAUCUAAACCUUGCAAGAUUGAGUGA